UGUAACGCGGAAGUCAGUGAAGCAUACAUAUGCGGAUGGGCGCUAUGAAAUAUACUAAACAUCAUCACCAUUGAGCCUGGGAGAAAGCGCCGGUGGGUGAUCUUUUUUUGCUCUGCACUGUGUGUGCAUUUUGAACGGGGGAAGUGAGCGUUUCAUCGCCGCGGAGAACUUCGGAAAAUGUAAAUGUCUGGCUACAUUGUAACUGCUGCGCCUUAUAUAAAAAAUGAUCACAGAGACGACGCAUGUCUUGAUGGAAUAGCUGAGACUAUACGGAUUGUGUGAAUAUCUGUACUCCACGAUCACUGUAGCCUACAUAAAUACAUAACUGACAGUAUUUCUACAGCAUAAAAAAUAAGACUGCGCGAGACACCUCUAUCCUGCACCGCUGCUGCGCGAUAGCCAAGCCUACAAAAGCAAGAGCAGUGUAGCCUGGGAGUAGCGAUUCAGCCCGUCAUGCCAGCAAGACAGGAAGUGUGUGUGUGAGCCCGACCAGUCCGGUGGGCUGCGCGGGGAUGAACAUGCCACUGCACCAGAUCUCUGUCAUCCCCCGUGAUGUCACUUCCUCCCGGGUCAGCGGCAGCGGAAAGUCCAAGGACAAGGACAAACAGAAUGAGAAGCACCUGGGUCAUUCUGCCAGCAGGUCCAGCAACAUUUCCAAGGCGGGGAGUCCCACCUCCGUCAACGCCCCCUGCAGCUUUUCACGGUCAUCGGUCACCCCCUCCAACCAGGACAUCUGCAGGAUCUGUCACUGCGAAGGAGACGAUGACAGCCCACUGAUAACACCGUGCAACUGUACAGGCAGCUUACGCUUCGUCCACCAGGCGUGCCUGCAGCAGUGGAUCAAGUCCUCAGACACACGCUGCUGUGAACUCUGCAAGUACCAGUUCAUCAUGGAGACCAAGCUCAAACCCCUUCGCAAGUGGGAGAAGCUCCAGAUGACGUCUAGUGAGAGGAGGAAGAUCCUGUGUUCUGUGACGUUCCAUGUCAUCGCCAUAACUUGCGUGGUGUGGUCCCUCUACGUGCUCAUUGACCGCACUGCAGACGAGAUCAGAACAGCCGGAAGAAUCCCAGGUAUCCUGGAGUGGCCAUUCUGGACCAAGCUGGUGGUGGUAGCCAUCGGCUUCACGGGUGGCCUGGUCUUCAUGUACGUCCAGUGUAAAGUCUACAUCCAGCUGUGGAGGAGACUCAAGGCCUACAACCGGGUGAUCUACGUCCAGAACCGCCCAGAGAUGUGUAAAAAGCAGGUGUUCGAGAAGCUGCCCCUCAUGGAGCCCAGUUUGGAGCACAAGGAGGCUCUGGCCCUCACCCAGUCUGAUACAAACUCCUCCCAGUACACAGAGACAGAGGACUACAGUAUGGAAGUGCUACAUGUCUGACCAACAUAUUACUGAAGCCCCCAGACCAUUUUACAGAUACUAAUACACAGGCACACUCUGGCUGACCAACAUAUACACACAAACACGAGCAAACCAAGUAAAAAACACAAAACACACAGACAUGCAUAAGACUAUAGUAUGGGGGUUGUACUAAGGUGUGAGUGACCCACCUUCACCCAUCUCCACACAGUCUGAAACAGUAUGGACCUGUCCCCGCUCCCAGGAUUAGACCUUCACUGGGCCAAUAGACCCCUCAUAUAUAUAUAUAUAUAUACACACACACACACACAUGACUGAGACAGAUGAUCUCACUCGGCUCCAGAGGUUUCUGUUGAGCUGUUUGUUUGUUGCUUUGUGUGUUUGUUAGCUUGUUUUAUUUGUUUUACUUCCUGUGAAUCAUGGGCUAAACCAUCAUGGAUCAGUGUGUAGCGCCGCCGUUUCUCUGGAAUAUUUUAGAACAUUCUGGAACAUUGAACAUUCUAACUACUGCCACCGUACUGCUGUCGUCCGAGAGCCCGCUAAGGCCCGCUCCCCCGCCUCUCUGAGUUUGGGACUGGAUUGGACCGGAUCUGACCAUGCAUUGAAGCACUUUUUGGUUUCUACCAAUACCCCUCUCAACCCUCUUCUCUUUUAAUAUGAAUAAAGUACUUCAUAGUAUAUCCCAGCAAACAGGGACGUCCUAAGCAACAUUGCCAUUAGGCCCCUUUUAGGGUUUUGGCUAAAUGUUAUUCCACUGCCGUUCUGAGAACAUAUUGAGAAAUAUUCAAACAUUAACAUCAGGACGAUAAGGGGACGUUCAGUACGGAUCCGUUUGGUUGAUGUAGUAUAACUUUAUAAUAAGGUCAUUUGAUGUCCAAUAGGGAACAUUACAAAUAGGUUCCGAUAACCGGGAAGUAGACAAAAAACACAAGACCAUGACACAAUGUCCUGACGUUCUGGGGACGUCCUAUGGACACUUUUGUUUGCAGGGAUAAGUGUGGGAAAUUGUACAGCAACAAAUAGGAAGAUUUGUGUAAAAAAUCCCUUGUUUUAUAUUUGACAUUUCUGUCCCACACACAGACCUGCCCUCCCUUGGAUGGAAAUCGUGGAAAGCAAUGAAUGAUGGGGGGGAAUGGAAUUCUGCCGAAAUGAUCAUUGCACUUUUCACUUAACACUGAAAGUAAUGCUAAAUAUGGCCUACAGGUUACUCAAGCCCUGUGGUUUUUAAUACAACCAAAACAUAACUUUGGGAUAACAUCAGAUACAGCCAUCCACCUCCCUCUGACAUAAGAACUCUCUGAAGGUUCUGAGAAUGGAAUGUUUUUAAAAGCAUUUUCUACCAACCAUUCAUUCACAGGAAAUCGCUAAAUAGUCUCCCAUGUCAGUCAUCAUCAUAACAUGAACCUUUGGAAAACCAACCAAUCGGUCAUGUUUUUUCUAUUGUGUGAAUGAUACAGUACUUGUGGUAUUCCAUGUGCAGUUUGUAAUAAUAGUAAUCAUGGGUUCUAUAUGAUGCCUUGAGGAAGCUACAGCCUGCUAUAUUUUGACUGUUCUCUUCUCAUCCUCCUAUUGACUUCUCUGAUCACACUAAUAAUGAUCAUGCAGAUGGGAUUAUUCAAAUCCAAAUUUACAUAAGAUUAUGUGAAUUUGAUCAGAGGUAGUAAGAGAUUGGAUACACGGCCUAUUAUCAUUAUUAUGAGAGGCCCUAUGAGACAAUACUGAGCCUAUUUUUACUAUGGUGAUGAUCGUGGGUGGGUUAUACUGUAGCAUGUCUUUUUGGUUUAGUUUUAUACAUACAGUCAGUCAGUGAGACUCAGGUGAGCAACGGACAAUCACCUGAUACAGAGACCCGCGACACAACAUACAUUUUUCAGUCGAGCUAAAGUCUCUGUUGCACAGUCAGACAGCCUCCAGUUUCCAACCACGAUAACUCAGAUGUAUUAUGUUACAACGAUCAGUCUAUAACCCACCUGCUGUUUCACUAAUUAUUAUUCAAUGUAACUUAAUGUAUCGUUCUUUCUCACAUCUGGCAUUAUGAGGGUUUGAUUAGAUGCAUUUGUAAAUUGAUCAGUUUCAGUCCAGAUAAUGUUUCUAAAGUAACAUCUGAUGGCUUCUCUCCAGUAAAGCAGAGUUGCCAUAUGUUGACAAUAAAGACACUGUUUCCCUGA